CUCCCAGACAGACCGAGCCCUUUUCCUUUCCGAGGACUCGGAGAACAACAAUGGCCGCGCUCCCAUGCUGACUCCUGCAUUCCCGCCGCCGCGUGUCGCUCCCAAUGUCCGUGUCCAUGGCCAAGCGAGAGAGCGGCAGCACCAGCCCGGUGGUGAGGCAGAUCGACAAACAGUUCCUGGUGUGCAGCAUCUGCCUGGAGCGCUACCACAACCCCAAGGUGCUGCCCUGCCUGCACACCUUCUGUGAGAGAUGUCUGCAGAACUACAUCCCCCCCGAGUCCCUCACGCUGUCCUGUCCGGUGUGCCGCCAGACGUCCAUCCUGCCAGAGAAGGGCGUGGCCGCCCUGCAGAACAACUUCUUCAUCACCAACCUGAUGGAGGUCCUGCAGCGCGACACCGAGUGCAGCCCGCCGGCCGCCCGCAACGUCUUGGAGUCGGCCAGCCAGCCCCUGUCCUGUCCCAACCACGAGGGCAAGGUGAGUGGCCGCCACGCUGCCGGCCCACACCCCGGAAAGCCUCACCCGCUGCCCCGCCCGCAGGUGAUGGAGUUCUACUGCGAGUCGUGUGAGACGGCCAUGUGCUUGGAGUGCACGGAGGGCGAGCACAGGGAGCAUGUGACGGUCCCCCUGAGGGAUGUUCUGGAACAACAUAAGUCGGCGCUGAAGGGCCAGCUGGACGUCGUGCGCAACAGACUGCCGCAGCUGACGGCCGCCAUCGAGCUGGUCAACCAGAUCGCCAAACAGCUGACGGACAGGAAGAACGGCGCCGUGACGGAGAUCAACGCCACUUUCGAGGAGCUGGAGAAAGCGCUACAUCAGCGCAAGAACGCUCUGGUCGCCGAGGUGGAGAACAUCUGCAGUGCCAAGCAGAAGGUUCUCCAAGGCCAGCUGACGUCGCUGCUGCAGGGCAAGGAGAACAUCCAGAGCAGCUGCGACUUCACCGAGCAGGCCCUGAGUCACGGCAGCGCCACCGAGGUCCUCCUGGUCCAGAAGCAGAUGGGCGAGCGGGUCAGCGCCCUGGCGCGCGACACUUUCCCCGAGCACCCCCACGAGAACGGACACCUGGAGUGCCAGGUGGAGACGGACGGCCUGCGGCGCUCCAUCCAGAACCUGGGCGUCCUGAUCACCACGGGCGCCGUGGGCCACACCAGCGUGGCCACCGGCGAGGGCCUGCGACACGCGCUGGUGGGCCAGCACACCAGCGUCACAGUCACCACCAAAGACAAGGACGGCGAGCUGGUGAAGACGGGCAACGCCGCCCUGAGGGCCCAGAUCGUCUCGGCGGAGGGGGCGCGCGCCGACGCCGAGGUGGUGGACAACAAGAACGGCACCUACGAGGUGGGCUACACGGCGCGCUGCGAGGGCGAGUUCGCCUUCUCCCUGAUGCUGUACGAGCAGCACGUCCGCGGGAGUCCCUUCCGCCUGCGAGCCGUCAAGCCCUCAGACGUCCUGCAGUCGCCCGACGACGUCAAGAGGCGGGUCAAGUCCCCGAGCGGCGGCGGGGGGCACGUGCGCCAGAAGGCCGUGCGCCGUCCCUCCAGCAUGUACAGCACCACCAAGAAGAAGGAAAACCCCAUCGAGGACGAGCUCAUCUACAGAGUGGGAACAAGAGGACGAGACAAAGGAGAGUUCACCAACCUUCAAGGCAUCUCCACCUCCAGCAACGCUCGCAUCGUCGUGGCUGACAGCAACAACCAGUGCAUACAGGUCUUCUCCAACGACGGACAGUUCAAGAUGAGGUUUGGGGUCAGAGGUCGCUCCCCGGGUCAGCUGCAGCGCCCCACAGGGGUGACGGUGGACAUGAACGGCGACAUCAUCGUGGCCGACUACGACAACAGAUGGAUUAGCAUCUUCUCCUCCGACGGGAAGUUCAAGAAUAAAAUCGGGGCGGGUCGUCUGAUGGGUCCCAAAGGCGUGGCGGUGGACAAGAACGGACACAUCAUCACGGUGGACAACAAGGCUUGUUGUGUCUUCAUCUUCCAGGCCAACGGCAAACUGGUCACCAAGUUUGGAGCCAGAGGGACGUCAGACAGACACUUUGCAGAAAAAAGCGGUGCAAACGUUGCGUUGGAACAAAAGCUCAGUAAAUCUGGACCGGCCUUCAGUCCUCACUUUGUGGCCGUCAACAACAAGAAUGAAAUAGUGGUCACGGACUUCCACAACCAUUCGGUCAAGGUGUACAACGCAGACGGCGAGUUCCUCUUUAAGUUCGGCUCUCACGGCGAAGGCAACGGACAGUUCAACGCUCCGACGGGCGUGGCUGCGGACUCCAACGGCAACAUCAUCGUGGCCGACUGGGGCAACAGUCGCAUUCAGGUGUUCGACAGCUCGGGCUCCUUCCUGUCGUACAUCAACACGUCGGCGGACCCCCUGUACGGCCCCCAAGGCUUGGCCCUCACCUCCGACGGUCACGUGGCCGUGGCCGACUCUGGGAACCACUGUUUCAAGGUGUACCGCUACCUGCAGUAGCAACCAGGAAGUAGUCCACACACACGCACACACACACACACACAUUAUUUAGGAUGAGUGGGCCUGGCCAAGAACAUCCACCACAGGCCUGAAACGUCCACCUUGGACGUGUUUCUGGAGCCAUAGUGCAUGCACCUUUUCAUUACAGCAACCGCAGAGGCCACGCUGGAAAGUACACCAGAUUUUUUUUUUCAUCUGUGAAAUUUAUGAGCGCCGUCUUAAAAUUUUACAAAUGUAUUGUCAGAAAAUUAUGAUUUAUUUUGUGAUCAUGAGACUUUUUUCAUUUAUUUCGAAUUUUUGUUUUGACUCAAUUCUCCUAAAAAUCUUUCGCAUUUUUAAUUAUUAUUUUUGCCACAUUUUGACUUUGUCAGAAAAUUAUGUAUUUUAGUAUUUACUUUCUGACAAUUUCAGUUAUUCUCAUGAAAAUCAAAUAUAUUUUUAUGUAACAUCUCAUAAUUAAAAUAAUGAAUGUAUUCCCAUAAAAUAACUGUUAUACACAAAUACUCCAGUAUUUAUUCCUAGUUACACUUGACAUGUAUUGUCAUGAAAUUAUCUGUUUUGUGAUAAUACGAAUAUUCCCAUUAAAUCUGAAAUUGUAUUUUUUUUUGGCAAUAUUUUUCUGUUUUGUUCUAUCUUUUUUGCCCCAUCAUGACUUUGUCACAAAACUAUUUAUUCGUAUUAUUUACUUUCUCACAAUUUCAGUUAUUCUCAUGAAAAUCAAAUAUAUUUUUAUGUAACAUCUCAUAAUUAAGAUGAUUAAUGUAAUUCCAUUAAAAUCACUGUUAUACACAAAUACUACUACAGUAUUUAUUCCUAGUAACACUUUAUAGUUAUUGUCAUGAAAUGAUCUGUUUUGUGAUAAUACGAAUAUUCCCAUUACAUUUGAAAUGUUAUUAAAAUAAAAAAAACACAUUUUAAUUAUUUUUAGAAUAUUUUUCUCUUGUUUUGUUUCUAUUUUUUUUUGCCACAUUAUGACUUUAUCAGAAUUUUUAUUAUUUACUUUUUGACAUUUUCAGUUAUUCUCAUGAAAAUCAAAUAUAUUUUAUGUAACGUCUCAUAAUUAAAAUAAUGAAUGUAUUCCCAUAAAAUCACUAUUAAAUGACUAAAUAUAUAUAAAUACUACUACAGUGUUUAUUCCUAGUAACACUUUACAUUUAUUGUCAUUAAAUUAUCUGUUUUGUGGUAAUACAAGUAUUCCCAUUAAAUUUGAAAUUGUAUUAAAAUUACAUCUUUUUUUUGCCACAUUAUGACUUUGUCAAAAUGUUUUUUUUGCUCUCAUAAAGUUAUUUUUUUAUUCUAUAAUUAGGCAAUAUAAUUCUAUAAUUACAAAAUCAAUUCAUUUUAUUAUUUUUAGAUUUUCGUUUUUUUUUCAUAUUUGAAUGUAUUUAAAAAAUAAUGUAUUAAUUUAAUUAACUUUAUUUAAUUAUGGCAAAAACAAUUAUACAAUUUUGUCAAAUUACAAAAAUCAAUUUUAUUAUUUUUAUAUUUUUUUCAUAUAUUUAGUUUUGUUCAAAUUUAAAUGUAUAAAUGUGUAAAAUAAUUUAUUAAUAUAAUUAACUUUAUUAUGGUAUUUUAAAAACAUGUAUUAAUUUAAUUAACUAUUUAAAUAUGACACAAACAAUUAUAACAUUUAGUCAAAUGUCUUCACAUGCAGUUUAGUUUUUUAUAAUUCAUAAACUAGUAAUUAAUUCUUAGUUUUGUUAUUUUUAUAAAAUUCCAAAUUGUUUGCCUUGUCCUAUUGAACCUUUUGUCCUCACAAAAAGUGAUUCCCUCAUAUUGCGACAAAUGUAGUUUUGCAAAAUGAUGCCUUUUCAGGUCAUUUUGUGUUUUUUCCAGCGUGGUCCUAAAGUUUUUGGCAGCUUCUAUCAGCGCUCCUUUCUCUGUCACUCCUGCAGCAAAUGAAGGCUUUGCCCCAGAAAAGUGCCUUCAUUUGCUGCAUGUUGUCUACUUACACCAUGUUGUAUGUUGUGUAGAUACACCAUGUUGUAUGUUGUGUACAUGAACAUACACCAUGUUGUAUAUUGUGUACAUGAACAUACGCCAUGUUGUAUAUUGUGUACAUGAACAUACACCACGUUGUAUGUCGUGUAUUUACACCACGUUGUAUAUUGUGUACAUUGGACGUGUGUUUCAAGGUGUCAACGGCAGCUGUUUGAAGUUCCAAAUGUACCUGGCACAUGCUUGACAUUAGAAUAUUUAUUGCAAAUAAAGCAGCACAAUUAUCUUGUUUUGUUAACAAACUUUUUGUUUUGUAUGAGUAUUGGGGGAGAGUUAAUUUAUUUUAUUUUAUACACUGCUCUGCUUUUACACGUGCUUUUUUUAUUUUAAUUGAAGCAUCACAAUUUUAUCUUAAAGGGAGAUAUUACCUUUUUAAAGCCCAACACAUUUUUGUGCCAUUAUUAAAUAUAAGAUAAAAAGAAAGAAACAUAUCAAAUAUAAAGUUAAUUAAUUAAUAAAUCAUUCCAAUUUGACUUUGUUCAAUAUUUUCAUGGAAUAUUUCAUUUUCAAAUUACAAAAUCAAUGUUAUUUUGGGAUUUUUUUCAUAUAUUGUGUUUUAACAUUAUUACAAAUUUAACAAUAUAAUUAUAACAAAUGUAUUUCAAUAAAAAGCAUUUAUUAAUUAAAUUAACCUAAUUUAACUAUGGCACAACAAAUUAUAAAAUUUAGUCAAAUUACAAAAUCAAUUAAUAUGAUUAUUUUUAGAUUUUUUUAAUAUAUUUAGUUUUGUUCAGAUUUAGAUUUAUUUUAAAAAUAUAUUAAUUUAAUUAACUUUACUUAAAUGUGGCACAAUUAUAAAAUGUAGUCAAAUUACAAAAUCUAUUCAAUUUAUUUUUACUUUUUUUUCACGUUUUGUUCAGAUUUUACUUUAUUAAAAAAAAAGUUAUUUAAUUAACUUUACUUAACUAAUGCACAAACAAUUAUACAAUUUUGUCAAAUCACAAAAUUAGUUAAUUUUAUUAUUUGUAUUUUUUUUAUAUAUAUUUUGUUGUAUUCAAAAUUACAUUUAUUAAAAAAAAAUGUAUUAACUAACUAACUAUGGUACAAACAAUUAUAACAUUUAGUCAAAUUGCAAAAUUAAUUCAGUUUAUUAUUUUUAGAUUUUUUUCAUACAUUUUGUUUUGUUCAGAUUAAAAAAUACAUAUUUUUAUCUAUUUAUUAAUUUAAUUAACUUUAUUUAAUUAUGGCACAAACGAUUAUAAAAUUUUGUCAAAUCACAAAAUUAAUUCAUUUUAUUAUUUUAAUAUUUUUUUCCUAUAGUUUUUUUUUUCCAAAAUUAAAUGUAUUUAAAAAAACUAUUUGAUUAACUUUAUUUAACUAUGGCACAAACAAUUACAAAAUGUUGUCAAAUUACAAAAUUAAUUUUAUAAUUUUUUUCAUAUAUUUUGUUUUGUUCAAAAUUAAAUGUAUUUAAAAAAAACGAUUUAAUUAACUAUUUAACUAUGGCACAAACAAUUAUACAAUUUAGUCAAAUUACAAAAUUAAUUAACUUUAUAAUUUUUUUCAUAUAUUUUGUUUUGUUAAAAAUUAAAUGUAUUUAAAAAAACUUUAAUUUAAUUAACUUUAUUUAACUAUGGCACAAACAAUUAUAAAAUGUAGUCAAAUUACAAAAUUAAUUCAUUUGAUUAUUUUUAGUUUUUUUUCCAUAUAUUUAGUUUCAUUCAUACUUAAAUCAAAUUUAAAAAUAAUUUAUUCAUUUAAUUAACUUUAUUUAAUUAUGGCACAAAAACACAGGCAGAAAAAAAUGUCAACAAAGCUCCUAAAGAAGUAGAAAUAGUCACUGAUGUGCUUGUUAUUAAACUACACAUCUCAGGAAGUAGAAUAUUUGUAGUGAGAAAAUUAACAUUUCAAUUGUUGUUCCAUUCUUGCUGCUCUUUCUAGAAUUAGCCGCCAUUUUUACCUAAGAAAGGAGAGAAGCAUAAAUGUCUUCCCCUGGUGGUCGUUGUGUGCCUAGCAUGCGCUUGACCUUUGACACCAAGCAGGAAAUAGACCUUUGUUUUGAAAGAAUAUUGAAGGCUUGUUAUUGUCUCCAUGGCAACAUCGUGCGUUUCCUUUCCAAUAAAUCUGCACUGGUAAUAAAAGCACAUGUUUACCUGUACUCUACUCACACUUGUUUACAUUUCACUUUCACUUUCACUUUCUUGCAACGUCAGAUAUGAUUUGAUUUGUUAGCACUUUAUUAGUUAGACUUCUCACAACUGUAUUUAUUGACA